CACCGACUUAACCCGUGCAUAUCGGAAGAGAGAGAAGGAAUCAUCACCUUCAGCCGCAAUUGAAUCUACUCAUCACCACCACCACACUCAUACAUCGUAGCGUCGCACCAUCAUCUAUACGCAAAAUGAAGAUCAAAGCUCUCAACGUCUACCCCAUCAAGGCUCUCCGCCCAAUCCACCUCACCGCGGCAACCCUCACCCCGCAAGGCAUCCUUCACGACAGGACAUACAUGCUGUUCAAAGUAAACUCGGACUCGACCCUCCGCAAGAUGCAGCUCUCCACCUUUCCCCAGUGCGCUCUCUUCUCCCAGGAGAUCGUCGGCUCUCCCGACGAAGACGGCGGCGAAGAGAUCCUGGUAAAGUACAACAUCCCAACCCCGCCCCUCAUCGACCACCAUCUCCUCCAGGAUACGACCCUUUCGGUGCCUCUCGUCCCGGAUACGUCGUCUCUGGAGCCCAUAUCGGUCGACCUUCACGGAAGUCCCGCCGAGGCACUCCGUAUGGGGGAGUCAUACGACGCCUUCUUCUCCGCCUGCUUCGGCUUCCCCACAAUCCUGGUCCACAUUGGCUCCGGCCGCCGCCGUGUCCUCGGCACCCUCGCUCCCGGGGCCUCUGCCAAGCAGCAACAACAGCAAUCCUACUCUCUAUUCUCCUCAAUCACAUCCUAUCUUCCAUCCCUCUCGUCCCUCUCCAAGUCCGAAAAUGAAAAACAAGCCUGGCUCACCUUCACCGACUGCGCCCCUUACCUCAUCACCUCAGACUCUUCCCUAUCUUACCCAUCCCUGACACCCUUUCAAACCCCGGAUGCCCCGUCCCAUAUCAUGCCCAAAAUGCGCCCCAACAUUGUCGUAGAAGACUCCUCCGAGGCCCCCUUCGCCGAGGACUUUUGGGCGGAGCUCUCCCUCCCCGCCUCCUCCGACGCCAAGCUCCUCCUCACGGCCAACUGUGGUCGCUGUACCUCCCUCAACGUCGACUACGCACUCGGCCGCGCAGCUUCCGGACCCGAGGGGAAGCUCCUCAACACCCUCAUGAAGGACCGGCGCGUCGAUCCGGGUCACAAAUACGCGCCCGUCUUUGGCCGGUACGCUUUCCUCAAAGUUCCUUCCGUGGAAGACGGUUCCCUCGCCGGGGAGGGAACGGUUCAGGUCCGCGUGGGCGACCACGUCGUCGUCACGCGACGCAACGCCGAGCGGACAGUCUUUGAUUGGGACAUACCGGCUCCCACCGCAAAGAAUACCGUUGCUGUUGCAUAAAGGGUCCAUGUCUCGCAGACCAGAUUUCCUGAUGUUGGUGGUUGCAGCCCACUUUCCAUCCUCCUCCUCCUCCUCCUCCUCCUCCUCUCCCCACUUGGGCAGCCAUCUCUCCGUUUUCCACUUUUCCUGCCUCUAAACUAGAAUAGGUAACUUUCUUCACAAGAAGAGCCAUAACACAUGUCAUAUCCCACGAUUCCCACAUGUCCC